AGUUGUCAUUUAAUAUUCAUGGUUUCAUUAUGAUUUCAAGGAAAAUUUUAAAUCAUUUUAGAAGUAAAAGUAUAAAAAGACUUUUAAGUAAUGAUGUUAAAGGAGAAACUACCGCUUUGUAUAAUUUUCACGUAGAAAAUGGUGGUAAAAUAGUUAACUUCGGAGGAUUUAUGCUCCCUGUGCAGUAUAAUAAUCUCAGUAUUGUUAAUUCUCAUUUAUUCACGAGGAGUAAUGCUUCAUUGUUUGAUGUAUCGCAUAUGUUACAGACCGAAAUAAGAGGAGAAAAAUGUGUGGAAUUUUUUGAAACAACAUGUACAGCAGAUUUACAAGGCCUCAAGAAAAACACAGGCAGUCUUACUGUUUUCACGAAUGAAAAAGGAGGUAUCCUGGAUGAUCUUAUCGUUACCAAAAUAGAUGAUGACCAUCUAUAUGUCGUAUCAAAUGCGGCUCGUAAACAACACGACCAACAACUUAUGUUAAGAGCCUUAGAUACGUAUAAGAAGAAUAAUUCUGGUUCCGAUAUAAACAUAAAAUUUUAUGAACCAAGUGGGAGAAGUUUGCUGGCCCUUCAAGGUCCAAAAGCUGCAGAAACCUUGCAAAAUUUGACAGAAAUGAGGCUUUCGGAAUUAUAUUUUAUGAAUACAACAACUGCAUCUGUGGCUGGGGUUGGCGGCUGCAGAAUAACUCGGUGUGGUUAUACAGGAGAAGAUGGAUUUGAAAUUUCCAUUCCUGCUUCUGAAACUAUUAAAGUGGCCAAAACCCUAUUAGAAAAUAGUAAUGUGAAGUUGGCUGGUCUUGGUGCCAGAGAUUCUUUAAGAUUAGAAGCUGGUUUAUGCUUGUAUGGCAAUGAUAUCAACGAAUACACUACUCCAAUACAGGGAGCUUUAACGUGGCUGGUUGCAAAGAAGAGAAGAGAAUUGAAAAAUUUUCCUGGAGCAGAUAUUAUUCUUAAGCAAAUUAAAGAAGGAUCAUCAAUUAAAAGAAUAGGUUUAAUAUCACAAUCCGGACCACCAGCUCGCCAAGGAGCUAUUAUAUUAUCCAAAGAAGGUGAAGAAUUGGGUAAAAUAACAUCUGGCUGUCCUUCUCCCAGCCUGGGGAAAAAUAUCGCCAUGGGUUACGUACCCACCAGUCAUAGUAAAGUUGGUACACAAGUGAAUUUGAAGAUAAGGGACAAAAUAUAUGAAGCUUAUAUUUCUAAAAUGCCUUUUGUAAAAGCUAAUUAUUAUAAUAAACCAAAAUAAAUAUUUUUUAUC